CUCCCUUUUUAUUAUAAUCUCAAUGAUCUCCACCAUCUCAUACUCUCAACUUCAUCUACCCCACCAGCAAUCUCUCUCUCUCUCUCUCUCUCUGGGUAUUUUGUUUUCUACUCUUUGUUUUGUUCCUGUUCUUCAAUCUAUCUUAAUAAUUUCAUUUCAUGGAAGCUCAACAACAACAAAACAAUAACCAGCAGCAGCAACAACAGAACGAAGAUGGCGGCAGCGGCAAAGCGGCCAACUUUUUGUGCAGGCAGAGCAGUACGAGGUGGACACCCACCACUGACCAAAUAAGGAUACUAAAGGACCUUUACUACAACAAUGGAGUUAGGUCUCCCAAUGCCGAGCAGAUUCAGAGGAUUUCGGCUAGGCUACGACAGUACGGCAAGAUUGAGGGCAAGAACGUUUUCUAUUGGUUUCAGAACCAUAAAGCUCGCGAGCGGCAGAAGAAGAGGUUCACCGCCGAAAUCCCUGUCCAAAGAAGCCCAAGUUGGAGAUCUCAUCAUGAUCAUCAUCAAGACCCCAUCUACACCAAGUACCCUCAUAACCUCGGCCAAGCUGGGGUUCCAUCUCCUUCUUCUUCUUCUUCUUCUUCACCAGGUGUGCUUGCUGUAGGCCAGAUGGGAAACUAUGGCUACGGCCCUGUAACCAUGGAGAAAAGUUUUAGGGAUUGCUCGAUUUCGGCUGGUGGAUCAGUAGGGCACAGCUUCUGGGUAGGCGCCGAUCAUCCAUACUCUUCAUCUUACAACCAUUUCUUCGACAAGAGAAACUCAACAGCGGGAGAAAUAUUCCCGGAAGAGGACCAAGAAUUAGAGCAGGAAGACGCCCCGGAAAUCGAAACCCUUCCUCUCUUCCCCAUGCACGGCGAGGACAUGCCCGCUGGCUUCUGCAGCAUCAAGUCGGAGACCGAAACUUUCUCCGGCGCCGGCUGCUACAAUUCCGACUAUGCCAAGGGAAGCUCUCGGACUUCCCUUGAGCUCAGCCUCAACUCCUACAUCGGCGGGUUCUCAGAUUCUGCCUAGCUAGCUACCAAUCAAACCAUAAUCCGGGCAUUUCGGCUCCAAUAUUAUCAUGCAUGCUCAUUAGUAAUUUAAUUUCGGUGCUUCAUAUAUAUAUAUAUGGAUAUUAAUUUGUUUCCUUUAUAUGGUUGUGUACUCUUAACUAACA